GUUUCUCCAAAGGGCUAGAAAGCUGCAAGGUCGGCUUUUGUCCUAAACCAUUUAUACCUAUGGACUUGCCAGAUGAGAGCCAGUGGGAUGAAACCACCUGUGAUAUGGCUGUUUGUCAGCAUCCACAAUGCUGGGCAACCAUCCGCCGGAUUGAGAGGGGCCACCCUCGAAUCUUGGGCUCACCCUGCGAAAUUCCUCUGGAUGUUGAUGACAAACUCCCAGUGGUCACUGUUGUAAACAUCUCUGAUUCCUGCUUGCCGGCCAAGAGACGUCCUCAUCGUCGUUCACCAGGAUUUACCUUCACCAAGCCUCACUCUUUACUGUCUCGGGGUUCAAAGUUUGACUCCAGAUUUCAAGGCAGGCCUCGGAAGAAGUUACCCGGCAAAGAUUUGAUCAACUGUACUGAUAGAUCUUUCAAACUUCCAGUGCUAAAUUUGAAUGAGACACCACUUCCUUGCCCUCAAGAUGUUAGAAAUAUGGUUGUAGUCUGGAUCCCCAAAGAACCAGAGGACCGUGUUGGUCCAGCUGAGAAGCAUAUUGUUCCCAGCCAGGACAGGAGGAAGAAAAGAAAGACAUCUACAGUGCCGUCUCUGGUUCUCUCUGGAAAGCAGAACUUAGAAGCACAAUUGCAAGCUCAAAGGAUAAUUGUGCCUCCCCCGUCCCCAGUACACUUUUUUGAGCAAUUAAAUUCAGAAUUCCCACCUUUCUGGAACCAGUCUGACAUAUUACCUUGGUAUCUACUAAAUGAUCUUUUGUCAGAUGAAGAGAGAACCUCCCCUUGUCUGGAGAUGAAGACGCAGCUGGCCAUGAUGAAAAAGAAACCUCCCCUGGAAAACAGCCGGCCUGACAGUGCCAUUUCUGCGAAGAUGUUUUUAUCCGUACACCGCCUCACCCUGCAAAGACGAGCACUGAGAUAUCCUGAACAUAUAAGGAGAUUAUAUUAUAACCUGAAGGAAGAAAAUAGGUUUUCUGGUGCUGCCAGAUCUGCAGGUGAUAGGAAGCAGCAGUGGCCCCAGGAGAGGCAGCGACAGAGGGCGUUGAAGACGCUUACUAAGAAACAGGAGGCUGAAGAGAAAUCCAAGAGUGACUCAGGGAGCCACAGCACUUCGCAUAAACAUUUAGGUCACAGAACUCUACCAGGUCAGGAAAGUGAUGAGCAGCAGCAGCAGAUGAAGGAAACUGGCCCCACCUCGCAACAGGAUUCCACGGAGCAACCACAGAGGGACCGUGCCGAGAACUAUCUGGACUCCUCCCCCAGCGAGCAGAAUUCGGAGUCAUCCAGUACAGAAUCCACUGACGAGGACAUCAGUACAGAGGUAGGGGCUGUGCCAGAAGAGCAAAAGAGGACCUCAAAGGACUUUUCAGCCAGCUCAUCUAGACUGAGUUGGAGCCCUGAGCUCAAGCUCCUGAGGAUUCUUCAGCCCACUGAUGAUGAUGAGGAGGAGGAG